ACCAGGACUCAGCCAUGAGACCUCUCUUCCUGGCCCUGCUUGGCAUCUGCGUUCUCGCUGAAUUCAUGGUGGAAGGUGUGGGGAGUGAAGUUCUGGAUAAGAGCAAAUGUCUGAGUCUAAUGACCAAGAAACUGCCAAUUAAAAACAUCAAGACCUACACCAUCAGGGAGGGCUCCAUGAGAGCAGUAAUAUUUAUUACCAGACGUGGCCUUAAAGUCUGUGUGGAUCCCCAAGCCGAGUGGGUGAAAAAAGCGGUAGAAAGCGUGGACAAAUCGACCAGAAAAAACAUGAAACAGACCACGCCAACAGGAGCUCAACAUUUCACCAAUUCAGCUGUGACCCUGACCACAUAGUGGCCUUCUGGCACUUACCUCACUAACCAGCCAGCUCAUGUCUCUUUAUAAACUCAUGGACUAAUUGGAUUAUUUCACUUUUUAUAAAAGUGCCGCA